AGAGUUUGGGGCGGGCGAACUUCCCCGAACCCGACCCUCGUGCUUCCGUUUCGAAAAUGGCUCUCGCCGCCCGCUUCCGGCCUCUCCGCCCUCUAUUAUUCCUUCGUUUCGUGUCCUCGCCGUCUGAGUCUCCAAGGCAAAAGCAAAGCCCCGACAAGAAGAAUAGAAAGAUGGCAUCUUGGGCCUGCUCCAAGUGCACCUUCCUCAACCCUGCCUCCCAGAAAUACAACUGCCAGAUCUGCCUCUCUCCUUCCUUUUCUCCUUCCGCAGCCUCGCCCUCCUCUUCCUCCUCCUCUUCCUCCUCCUCCUCUUCUUUUGCUUUCCGAUGGUCUUGCCGUGCCUGUACCUUCUCCAACCCCUCCGGCGCUGCCUCCUGCGAGAUGUGUGGUGGCACCAGGUCCGCGCCAUCUUCCGCGUUUCUUGACUUGGAUCUUGAGCCCGAUGAACUCUCCAACCCCUCCAUCGGCUCCGUCUUCCUCCCCCUCCAGCGCUGCGGCAGCAAGCGUCGAGGACCGGCGCCUGGUGGAUCCGACCGCCGCGACGAAAAGGCAGCGAGGAAGGAUGUGGUGCCCUCCCCUGUCUCAGAGAAUGCUGAUCUCAUUUCAAACACAAGUGUGUUAAAGAUUUUGAGCUAUAAUGUUUGGUUCCGUGAAGACCUUGAAGUGUCCAGAAGAAUGGAAUCCCUUGGCAACCUUAUUCAGCAACAUUCACCUGAUUUCAUUUGCUUUCAGGAGGUCACACCAAAUAUUUAUGGAAUUUUUCAAAAUGCAAACUGGUGGAAAGAAUAUAAAUGUUCAGUGGCACAGAAGGUGGCAGCUGAGAGACCUUAUUUCUGCAUGCAGAUGAGUAGAUUGCCUGUGAAAGCAUUCAGAUGUAAACCAUUCACCAAUUCCAUAAUGGGAAGAGAGUUAUGUUUAGCUGAUAUUGAUGCUGGAGGAGGUAUGAAGUUGGUCAUUGCUACAAGCCAUCUUGAGAGUCCCUGUCCUGCCCCUCCCCGAUGGGAUCAGAUGUACAGCAAGGAACGUGUAGCUCAGGCAAAAGAGUCCCUCAAUCUUCUCAAAGACUCGCCCAAUGUUAUAUUUGGAGGUGACAUGAACUGGGAUGACAAGUUGGAUGGUGCUUUUCCUCUUCCUGAUGGGUGGAUUGAUGCUUGGAUGGAGUUAAGGCCUGGAGAAAGUGGUUGGACAUACGACACUAAAGCCAAUCAGAUGUUAUCAGGCAACCGGACAUUGCAAAAGAGACUAGAUCGGUUCAUUUGCAGCUUGCAGGACUUUAAGCUUAAUAGCAUCCAAAUGGUUGGGAUGGAGGCUAUACCAGGGCUUACCUAUUGUAAAGAGAAAAAGGUUAAGAAAGAGUUCCAGAAGCUGGUGCUUCCUGUUUUGCCUAGUGAUCACUAUGGUCUGCUCUUAAAUAUCUCCCGCUUGUGACAUUUUAAGAAUGCCAAGCUACGGAAUUUGCUGAGGCUGCUAGUUUGAUGCAAUGAUGUGCAGCAUUUUGUUAUGUGCACUGUUUUUCCCCCUUCUUUCUUAUCGUUAUCAGACUAGGUGAAAAACAGAUAGGAUGAAUUGUGGAUAAUCCUGUUACUUCAAUUAUGGAAGUGGACAUUUUGGGUGGAAUUCUAGUCGAUGUGACAUUCUGUAAUUAACCAUACAAAUUUACAGUGUUCUUCUGUCACAAUGAUACUACCUUGGCAAAGAUAA